AUGAUUAAUAUAUGGUGCAUGGGUUUUCUUUUUCUCCUUUUCAUCUGGAUUAUUGACAUUGAGUGGCAUUCAAGUCUUCGUUUUCAAAUUGCAAUCCCCUGCCACGUGUUUACGCCGCGUUUCGAAACUCUGAAAAAACCGAUUGCUUCCUCCUCCGGUUAUCCAUAUUCAAUCGUCAGAUCUCAACCAUCCACACCAUAAUCAACCAAAGGAGGAGGAAACAAGAGGGAAUAAUGACGGAUGACAAAGCAGUUGAGGAAGUUGAAAAGAAAGAGAAAAGUCCUACUGCUGCUGCUGGGAAUGAAAAGAAAAAGGGAAAAGGAUUCUUUUCUCGAAUUUGGACUGGAUUCUUUAGGUUUUUUAGGUUACACGGCGAUGAUUUUGAGAAACGCCUUCAGCAUAUUUCUAAAGAGGAAGCUUCUAUUAUUGCUAAAGUCGCCAGGAGAUCGCGAUCAAGGAGGCGCGUGUCCCGCAAUCUCAUUGUAUUUUCUAUUAUAUUUGAGGUCAUUGCUGUAGGUUAUGCUAUUAUGACAACACGAUCUGUGGGUAUCGAUUGGAAAAUGAGGGCAAUCCGGGUUUUACCAAUGUUUCUUUUGCCUGCACUAUCAACUGCUGCUUAUUCAGCAUUUAUCAGCUUCACAAGAAUGUGUGAUCAAAGGGACCAAAAUGUUCUUGAAAAGCUUCGAGCUGAAAGGCAAGCAAAAAUUGACGAGCUCAAAGAAAAAACAAACUAUUACUCCACACAACAGCUUAUUCAGAGAUAUGAUCCAGACCCAGCCGCAAAGGCAGCUGCUGCAACUGUUUUGGCGUCUAAAUUGGGUGCAGAUUCUGGUUUGCAAUGGUACAUGGGUGAGGACUCCAAUCGCAGCGGUGCUUCAACAGGGAAAAGCAAUGAUGUUGAACUUGUGCAGUCCUCUGGACUUCGAAAUCGGAAACAAGCUCAAACUAGAUCCACUGGUACAGGGACAACCUCACCAAAUUUUGCUGAUCAACAAUUAGUAGGUUCAGGUUCAGGUGGAUUCGAUCAAACCCCGGGGUCUGAGUAUAAUCAACAUGUUGUUGUUGAACAUCAACCUCAAAGUUCAAACCCACAAGAUGCAGGAUGGAUUGCAAGAAUUGCAGCGUUGCUUGUGGGUGAGGAUCCAACUCAAUCUUAUGCUCUCAUAUGCGGCAACUGCCACAUGCAUAACGGUCUUGCUCGAAAGGAGGAUUUCCCAUUUAUCACUUAUUACUGCCCGCAUUGCCAAGCGCUGAACAAACCAAAGCAAUUGGACGGUGUCUCCGGCCUUCCUUCCCCUAAUUCGAGGUCUGUGCAAAUGGAAGAACGUAUAUUGGCUCUUCCUUCCCCUAAUGCGGACGGUUCUGUGCAAUUGGACGGACAUAUCUCUGGCCUUCCUUCCCCUAAUGCGGGGUCUGUGCAAUUGGAUGAACACGCCUCGGGCCUUCCUUCUCCCCAAACAGGCGACAGUGACGCAGUUUUAAAUGCUAGUGCUUCUGCUACAGAGAGCACAAUCACAGGCAAUAGUCCCGUAAACGGCAGCCCUGAGAUUGAGGAAGUAUCAGAAAGGACAAGUUUAGAGGAGAAAACUGAUUGAAAUAGCAGCUUCUUUUGGUGAUUUGGGUGUUGGAAUGUCAUGUUUUACCCCUUGUUCCAUGGCAGGAGCUGACUAUAAGGGGAGAAACUAUGCAAUUGGUUUCCUUUGUUGGUUUUGCUACACGAAGAGUGCUGAAAUACUUUGAUACAUAUUGUGAUUUGUUAUACAUAGAUUAGAUGGAUUGCUUGUGAGAUAAGGCAAUUUUGGCUUUUUGGUAUUCUUUAAAACGUGAGAGAAGUUUUGAAAACUGAGUUAUAUCCAUAUUGUGCAUUCCUAUUUCCUACCAUAAUAUCUCCAUUUUUUUUAA